ACAUAACUGCUGUCUAUAUAAACUGAAUAAUAAUACUGUCGGCUAUUUUGUAGAUGGUUUGGUUGGUCUGAUUGGUUUGAAUGGAUUGGUUGCUUAGUUAUAAUUUUUUGGAAAUUUUCCACUCAUUUAUUGAAUGUAUUUCUCUUAAGUGCCUCUCAUAAGAGUUUAGUUUCAUCUCUUAUCCAAAAUUUUUGUCAAUGAUUUUUGUCAAUGAUUUUUGUCAAUGAAUUUUGUCAAUGAUUUUUUCAUAAUUAAGUUAUUAUUUUAAAUUUGUAUGAUUUAUUAAAUAUAUAAACAAUUGCUGAGAUGUCCUCUCUAUCAAUUGGUCCGAUAGUAAAGGUGUUAAACGGCACAACAUUUAAUGAUUCGCCGAAUGCCAAGAGUCUGGAUGGCGGAGACAUUAGUGUUGUGGUCGUCUACUUCAUGCUAGUGUUGGCCACAGGUUUCUAUGCUAUGUAUCGAUCAAAUAGGGGAACAGUUAAUGGAUAUUUUUUGGCCGGACGUUUCAUGAUUUGGCUUCCGGUGGGAGCUUCUGUAUUUGCAUCGAAUAUAGGUUCUGAACAUUUCAUUGGAUUAGCUGGAUCAGGUGCUGCUUCUGGAAUAGGUGUCGGAGCUUUUGAAUUCAAUGCUUUAAUUAUCCUUCAAAUUACUGGUUGGAUAUUUCUUCCUGUGUUUAUAGCCAGCAAAGUUUGUACUCUUCCUGAAUAUAUGUCAAAACGUUUUGGUGGAAACAGAAUCCGGACUUAUUUGGCUAUUCUGUCAAUGCUUCUCUAUAUAUUUACAAAAAUAUCGGUUAAUCUAUAUUCUGGCGGAAUAUUCAUUCAACAAGCGUUGGGUUGGAAUCUAUAUUAUAGUGUUAUAUUGUUGUUAGCCAUUACAUCCAUUUGCACUAUUUGUGGUGGACUUACAGCGGUUAUAUAUACCGAUACAUUUCAAUGUUUAGUUAUGAUUGUUGGCGCUUCAGUGGUUGCUAUCAAAGGUCUGAUAGAAGUGGGAGGGUUUUGGGAAUUAAAAGAUAAGUAUAUGAAAGCAAUUCCGUCUACAAUACCCUCCCAUAAGAUGGGUUGUGCCGUUCCUAAAGAAAACUCGUUUCAAAUGUUACGAUCACUGGACGACCCGGACAUGCCUUGGCUCGGCUUUAUAUUGGGUCAGACACCCGCUUCAAUUUGGUAUUGGUGUGCCGACCAAAUGAUGGUUCAAAGACUAUUAGCUGCAAAGUCACUAUCACACGCUCAGGGAGGCACUCUAUUUGCCGGAUUCCUCAAAAUAACUCCAGUAUUUUUGAUAAUAAUUCCCGGAAUGAUCAGUAGAGUCCUAUAUCCCGAUGAGGUGGCCUGUGUUGAUGCCGACAAAUGUAUGCAAUACUGCAAUAAUCCGAUUAGUUGUUCCAACACAGCUUAUCCUAAACUUGUACUCAACAUAAUGCCCAGUCCUUUCAAAGGACUUAUUCUGGCAGUAAUGUUGGCCGCAUUGAUGAGUGAUUUGUCGUCAGUGUUUAAUAGUUCGAGUACAUUAUUCACGUGUGAUAUUUGGCCACUGAUUCGCAAAAAUGCAAAACUGGCGGAAUUGAUGAUUGUUGGCCGAUGUUUUGUGAUAGUAAUGGUUGUGAUUAGCAUACUUUGGAUCCCAAUAAUCCAAGAGAUGCAAAAUGGUGAGCUUUACAUUUACAUUCAGGACAUUGCGGCCAAUUUGGCGCCGCCGAUAGCGGCCGUAUAUAUUUUGGCCAUACUUUGGAAGAGAAUCAAUGAAAGCGGAGCCUUUUGGGCGCUAAUAAUUGGACUCAUCGCUGGUAUAAUAAGACUAAUUGUAAAUAUUAUUUAUAUACAACCGUCUUGUGGUGAAGUGGAUACUCAUCCAGAGAUACUUAAGAUUCAUUACAUGUAUUUCGCAAUAAUUGUCUUUUGGUUAUCCAUAAUAUCUGCAAUUAUUAUCAGUUAUAUAACCGAACAAACUGAAGAAUAUCGACUGAUCCGAACUACAUAUUGGACACGAUUUGAUAAUAGAGAGCGAACCGAUGAAAUUGUGACAAAUAUUAGUCAAAUCGAGAGACAGAAUAUAAAUACAACUCAGUAUAGUAACGGACAAACUAUGGCAUCUGAUGUGGAUUUUAUCAAAAAAUUAAAAAAGAAAUCAUACACUAAAAUAUUCUUUAUGUGGUUUUGUGGUAUUAAUCAAAAACAGACAAAAGAUGAGUCUAUGAAAGAAGCGGAAAAUAUCAAACAAAUUUCAUCCAUUCAUCAGACAAAACAAGAAAAACGAUUACUUUUUAUUUGUCUGAUAAUUGUCUUAUCCAUAGCUAUCACUCUUUUCACUUAUUUUUCACUUCCUUCCAAUAUUUAAUAUAUUUUUUUAUAAAUUGUUAAGUUAUUAUAUAAUAUUUAAGUUAU